AUGAUGGCGCACGCGUCUGCAAUGACGUAUACGCCGUCCGUAAGCAGUGGCGGGAAGAAUGCAACAGAUACCGAAACGGAUUCAAGCACACAUCAAUCUUGUGAAAAUGAAUUGCUUGCGUUAGAUAUAUCUGGUUCUGGCGAAAAUGGUACUACAAAUCGUAGUGCAUCGAACAACAAACGUUCAUACUAUGAUCGUGCGUAUUUGAGUUUUCCUGGUGACAGUGAAUCGCCGAAGAAACGUCGAAAACAAUCUACACCUGUUAAAAUACCAACAACAAACCCAGAAAAUGAAAGUGAACAAGCUCAAGGGAACGCGAACAACACGACCUCGACCACGACAGCAUCACAAGAAGGUAAGCUAGAAACACAUAAUUCAUCUUCUAGCCCUGCUCUGGCGAAUUCCACCACUCCCUCACCGGACGUAUUCAAGGCAACGGGUGAAGAGGGUCCAAGUACCAGUCCAACUACAAGUAAUCCCCCUUUAGCCCAAAAUAUGCACUCGGAUCUAUUUAAAAUUGAUUUUGGAGCACCGUCAUGGUUACCAGAUAUCCAAAGUAAGACAUCUGAAGAUUGGUUAGGUACACCUCCCCCACUCCAUAGUGUUCCAUUUUCAUUUCCAUCAUCAUCGUUACAAUCGCCUGUAUUGCCAGGACAAGUAGUCACACAAUUCCCUAGUAUAAUGGAUGCAAAUCAACAAUCUGGGUCCGGCCAUGGACUAUUAACCAGACCCAUGAGUCAAGGUCCACGCAUUAGAAUUUUUAAUCCAGAUGCUUAUUGUGAAUUAUGUAAUAAGGAAUUUUGUAAUAAAUAUUUUUUAAAAACUCAUAAAGCAAAUAAACAUGGAAUUUACACGGAUUUGCAACCAAACGAUUUACAAUAUCAAACAUCAGGUCCUACCGCCAACAAUCAUACAAACACCAUCAAACCACUCACAUUACCUCAAUCAAUUCCAGAACUACCGGCAAAGAUCGGAUCCGAGUCGACAUCAAGUCCAAAAAUCGCAUCAAAUCUACUAACAGCGUCGUGUGAUAUAUGCCAAAAAAAAUUUUGUAAUAAGAAUCUUGUGAAACGGCAUAAAGUGAAAGUGCAUGGCAUUACGGACGAUACCCAAUCAAACGAUGAUAACUCUAAUUUGGAUCCAAAUAUAUCGGAUUCAAAUUCUGAAACACCUGUCCAAAUACAAAGUCCAAAUAGCUCCAAUAAUUAUUAUCAAGAAGGCUUACCAGAAUGUUUGAAACCAUUCUUAGAUACGGAUUUCGAUUCGGAUAACUUACAACAAUAUCGUUGGCAACAAUCAAACGUUAGUCAACAAGUUCGAGAGGCAAUACAUCGACCCCGUGGUUUGGGUAUCAUCAAUCCUGAAGCAUUCUGUGAAAUAUGUUGCAAGGAGUACUGUAACAAGUAUUUCCUACGAACGCAUAAAUUAAAACGGCAUGGUAUUGCCAUACCAGAUGACCCCCCGACUCCAAGAGAUGCUAACAGUGUUCCACCCACAAGCACUUCUGAUAAUACUCGAACUGUCCAAACCAGUCCACUAAAUUUAAUUAAAUCAGAACAAACCACAAGCAGCUCUGAAUCGUAUUCUGAUAAGAAAGAUUCUGAAAUUAUGAUGUGCGGAAUUUGUGGGGUUCAUGUUGCCCAAAAAUAUAUGAAAGCUCAUUACGAAGCUUGCCAUAUAGCGAAGAAUCCAAGUGAUAACAAUCCAACGGCGUCUACUGCCACAAGUAGUCCAAUGUCGACGUCAGGACGUCAACUAGACUUAAAUGACGAGUUAAAUACCUCAGAAACGGCAAGUAACGAUAAGCCACCGACUGAAGAAAAUAUUAACGAAGAUCUUAAAAAAUUACAAACUAUGAUUUUACAAUUAAAUAAUCUUAAUGUUUGCCAAAUUGUUAGCUGUAACGUCUGUUGCAAAGAAUUCGAGAACAAAUUUUAUUUGCAAGCCCAUAUGAUGAGCGAUCAUGGUCAAUUGUACAUGAAAAUCACAGACGAGAAAAUUAGCAUUCAAAACACAACAAAUAUUAUAACCACACCGACUCAAAACUCAAAUGAAGGAAUUCCUACUCCAGUUCCAACCGCAUCUAUAAAAGUUGUGCCAUCAGAAUCCUUAACUAGUUCAAAAAUGUUUCCAUCAAAUAGCGACAUACCAGCCACGGAACGAUUAACACCAUCGGAUAAUUAUAACCCGCAAACAUCGUCACGUAACACAACUCCAACAAUUCAAGCGCCUGUAGAACGACGCUCCUCAAUAUCAUUAGCUCCCACAAAUAGUUAUUGCGAAAUUUGUAACAAAGAACUGUGCAAUAAAUAUUUCAUGAAAACUCAUAUGCAAAGAAUGCAUGGUAUUGAAAUUGAAAAUGGCGCCCAAAUUGGUGGCGUUGUCUGUAACAUUUGUAACAAAGAGCUAUGUAGCAAAUACUUUUUACGGGUUCAUAAGCACAAUACUCAUGGAAUUGUGGAAGAAGCUUCGGCGCCGCCUAUUGAAGCACCCACACAAUUUCAAGUGCAACCAAUACCCCCUCCAUCGGAUGCAUCGCUAAAACCAAACGAGUUAGGUGAUUUAAACCAUAGAUAUUUCGCACAUUUUACCGAAGUUUGUCCAAUAUGUAGUCGACGUUUUCGCAGUACAAAAUGGUUAAAAGCACAUUUAGUCACUGAUCACGGUAAAUCCGAACACGAUAAAUGGGAAGAAUUAGAAUUGUUAUAUCAAAAACAAGCAGCCAAAAUGAAUGAUCCAACAAAUUUCAAACUGCAUGACGAAAUUAAAGUACCAAAUGGAGCUGGUAGUGGUAUUGGGAUUUUAGAACAUGAUACCGAUAAAGUUGGUAUCCAGAAUUUAAUAUCAAAUAUAUUUGGACAAGAUGAAUUACAUUCAAAAAAAUAUUAUUGUUCAUUUUGUAAUUUUUCUACACCGGUCCUAGCGUUUUUAUUUGUACACGAACGCUCACACGGACAACCCUCGCACACAAACAUUUACCAGUGUCCAAUAUGUACACAAUCCUAUCAAACUGGCGAACAAUUACAACAACAUUUAAUUGUACAACACUCAAAUAUAACCUCACAAAAAUUAUUCAAAACUACAGUGUCUUCAAGUAGUAACGUUACACCAACACCACCCGAUAACUGUAGUAAUACUUCGAUGCCAGCGAAUAACAAUAACGCUGAAACCGAUACAAAACCGGAUGAUAAUAAUACCGAUACAAACACAAAUGGUAAUGAUAUCAAACCGAAGAUAUACGAUCUUCGACGCAUUUUCCAUACUGAUAAUUUAGUGGAAAUGGCUCAACAAAUGCAAAUUCCAACAACGUACGCGUUACCACAAGGUCACGGCUUAGAAAUGAAGAAUUCAGACGACGAAGAUAUUGUUGAUAAAAAAUACAUGAUGCAACCUUUUUUGAUUGAGGAAUAUCAUGAAAAAACGACGAUGGGCAUACAAUUACGAUUAGUUCCUUCACUUGUAUUUUUACCUGUACGAGAACGUGUGACAUCACCCUUAACUACCUCAAUCAAAUUCACUCCAACUUAG